AUGACCAAGAGUUUUAUGAAAUCCACUGUUUCUUCUCGCGCGCACGGUUUGUGAUUAAAUUUUUGAGAGAAUUGAUGAACUUUUUCAGCGGGACAAGGCCCCAGUCCGGUCCGAAGGUCGCCUAGAAGGUCGAAUGGAAACCGUGAGUCGAGUUUUUUUUAAUUGGGAGAUGACUGAAUGAACUUGCGAGAACAAAUUUUCAAUUUCUGAUUGGUUCGAAAAGCUAACUUUUUCCAGGCAACCGUCGUGGCGCCGCCGUCCGUCCGAGUCCCAGCAACCGGAACUUGCGCAAUCGCCGCGGCUCAAACCGCCCAGCUGUCCCUGUUCAACGUCGUCGAUCGGCAAGGAUCCGACAACUGCAAGCUCGUCAAGGUGAGUUCACACAAAUCUCUUGAAUAAACUUUUAUCACUUUAAGUUCAAAAAACUAAUUAAUUUUUUCCGUGAUCAUGUAGUCUUUCAUAGACAACAACCUUCAAAAAAAGGUUUUCCACUGAGAAAAUUUUGCCUGUGAAGAUUUUUGACCAAAAUUCAAACUUCAUAUUUAAUUUUCAGGCCGCGACCAGCCUGAAGCGGAUCGUGAAGCGGUGGAAGCUCCUGAAGAUCCCUCAAACUUGGGUCACCAUGACGAGGUCGAUAUAGUCGCCGCACCAUCCGUCGAAGUCGAAGUCCAGGCUGUUCCUGUCGUCGAACUCAAUCUUAUCGUUGUUCCUUUCUCCGGAGUCGAUUCUGGUAUGAUUUUUAAGUUUGAUUAUAAGUAGUUUUUUGAGAUUUUGACUCUUGUUUUUUGAGUAAGUAAUUCACCCAGUCAAGGUCCUGUUCAACAAAAAAAAAUCCGAGUUUUAUUUGAAACCAAAUAACUAAAGAAACUUUUCCAGGCCUGCCAGCUGUUGGAAUCGUACCGGAUCCUACUGUUUAUGAAAAUGUCCCCUCCGAAAACGGCCGCGACGCUGUUCGCGCCUAUCACGAUCAAGACGUCUCGAGUGGUAUGAAUUUUCUUACAAUUUCAUUUAGUAGACAAAAAUUAUUUUUCAUAUACGGUCAAUGUCGGUAAUCUCAAAAAAACUUGAAGAGAAUUCUGUGUUGAAGUCAUGAAAAAAAUUCACUAGCUGAACAUUUCUUAUUUAAAUUUAGUUCUAUAAAAUAUUGAACGGAAUUUUCAGAUGUAGCAGUGUCUGAUGUCUCGCUUCAAGGAAAUAACCAAGGAAACGGCCAAGUCGUUAGUCACGUCGAUGUGUCAGCUAUUCCAGAAGUCGCACAAGCUGAUGUCAGCUCGCCCUGCGCCCAUGACUUCCCACGCGGUAUGAUUUUUUUCUGUUUUUUUUUUUGUAUUUUUUUUCUCUUCUAUUCUCGAUAAACUCUCCGAAAGAUGUACUCAAGAAAAAUGUAGUUGAGGUUCCGCAGAAAACUCAUUCACUUUUUUCGAUUUUUCGAAGAUCUAACUGAAUUUUCAGACCGAUCAGGACCUGCAGAUCAGCAAUCCGUUCCUCAAGCCGCGGCAGAACCUGCGACGACUCGCAUGUCUUUAACCCAUCAGUUUUCGUUUUCAGCUUCCUCUAGAGGUGAGUUUUCAAAAACUUCAAACGCUGAUCAGAUAAGGAGUUCUGAAACACAAUCGUUCCGAGUUGCAGGGCGUCCAACUCGCGCCAUGUCGGAACUUGUCGGACAAAGUCCAAGUGCCCGCACAUUUAUCAUUUCUAGGAAUGUUGAGCCGUCCCCACCUCAAGGCACCUACACAGUUCGCCGUGAGUUGAUCUAUUAGAAACUUUCGAAAAUGAACUUAUUUACAGGAGGAGGACCUCCCGAGUUCGGCAAUUUUGGCACUCGAUUGGCGGACUUUUACAGUCAGUUGAAAUCUUUACUUUCAGGAACAACAUCAACAUUUUGCAGGUCAAAUGUCCGACACGCGGACUUCUCUUUCGUCUUCUGGCUCCCUUUCUUUGAUCAGCGAGCUUAUUCGAACCCGUGAGUUCUUCAUUUCAAAAUCAUCUCAAUUAAUUAAUUUCAGAGCGACGUCAAAAUGACCCGGCUUGUCCCAAUUGCGGCGUCAACCUCUCCUCAUUUAUUGCAGGUGAGUCCGAUUAAUCAACUAAUUUUCCUAAUAGUAGUGGACCCAAUGAUUGUAUUAAGAAGUUAGGUGUUCGUAAAGCAAAUUAAAGAGUCCUACCUAAUGAAAUAUUUCAGGUUACAUCUCUGGCCUUCAAGCCAAUCAAACGAUGACCGACAAUCGCACUAGUUCCAACAUCGGAUCUCACUCGACUCAAGGUUAGCAUUUCUCCUGUAGGAAUCGACGUAUAGAAAAAGCUGUAAAAUAAGUUCAAAGCUCAGGACUUUUUAAAAAAAUUUCUGACAAGAAAAUACUGUUCUGUACUCAGAUGUUUGAUAAUUUUGAUAAAUUUGGGUCAGCUCUGCAUUUUGUAGACAUUUUAAUUCAGUGAACAUUUUCAGCACGUACCCUUGACACGGUUGUUGCUCAGCAAGAUUCAAACGUCGACGAGGAUUCUGCCGCUCGUGUGGCUUCUGUGGACGAUGGUCACGGAAACGUCGACGUCGAGGCCGAAGAAAACUCGACCGGAAAUGUGCCUCGCGAUUAA